AAUAAGGGAAAUUUCCAGACGGCGUCCUAUCUGUCACGAUCCUUGUAUGGUACAGUGUGUAUCCCAUUCAUUUGAUGGUACAACUAAGCUCAGGAGGGAAKGUAGACUUCAUGUUGGCGAGACAUAAGGUGAUCAUGGCUGCCUGCUGCUCUGGGUCGUGUCUUGUGAUAAAUAGAUAGCYAAUGGUAUGAUAAUGAAGAUAUGCUUAGAACUAGCCUUUAACAAGUCAUAUUACAACUGUCAUUAUGUCUAUGAUAAGGCUAUAAUCGUGCAUAUCAGAGCAGACGGCAAGUACUAACCGCUGACCUGAUAUAACGGGUCCAGAUGUGCAAGACUUACUUCUGGGGAGACAGGCAGGUUUCUUAGCAUUCUGUACAUACUUGCAAACUUGCUCCCCGUUACGAGAAGCUGCACGAGUGAGCCAUGCAUGGACUAGAAUGUCCCGUCGAGUUAGAAAAACUCGAAUCAGUUUUACCAAGUAAUAUGAACUUGUUAGUCAAUGGUACUCGGCCAGCUUCUGAGGUAUUCACAACAGCUGAUCCAAGAGUGARCCUAGGUGGUGUGCGUCUGUGGGUACGUAGACAAAGCAAAAGGUUUUCAUCCAGAGCAACAACGCACUAAGUAAUAGCAUCGGGGGUCGGCCACCAAAGCAUUAAGCACUUGGUAUGCAAUGCAACUUGACUUAGUGUCAGCAGAGGGCAUAUCCGAUACAGGAAUCCAGUAAAGGCUUAGACUGAUGGACCUGUAACACAAUCUGAACCACUUCAAACAAAAUACGAUUUACAUGAGAUUGUACAAAACGACUGAGAAGUAUUGUUAGCUCAUUUUGUACCGUGCUUUUAUACACUACAUUGUUCAAGCUUUGUCAUGAAGGCUUUCAAAGGUAAUCUUCGAGUUGUUGUUUUGCUGUCAGUAGUAGCACUUCUUGUAGAAAUUGCUCAACCGUGUAUUCUUCUAUUAAAUGGCUGGACUAAAAUGACUGUUACCGAGCGAGCUAAGCUCGUCAAAGUUGUUUUCGUCGGGAAAGUUGUCGGUUUGUAUCCAAUGGACAAAGUAACUCAGACUUAUGCAGCAGAAUUCGAGAUCUACAGGAUCUUAAAAGGCGAGAAUAUUAUAAACGAUGUUCUCGAGAGGCAUCCAGGUCCAACAGUAAAGGUGUACGGAUUUGGCGAAAAGAGAUUAUGUUAUUCUGAGGUCUACACUGGAGAAAUGCACUUGAUAUUCAUGGUUGUACACCCCAAGACGUUAAGCUUAGUCGCACGUUACGAUGACAUAUUCGGUGCAACUUCCUCCGUCACAGAACAAAAUGAGAAUAAUAUACUGAAGACUUUAGGCUGGAAACCAUGGUCGUCUUGGUCAACAUGUUCUCGUAGUUGCGGAGAGAGUGGAAAGCAAUGGCGAACGAGAGAAUGCAUCAAAGACACGUGUGAUGGUCACAAAAGUGAACAAAGAAAAUGCAACUUUUUCAAUUGCUACGGUAUCAAGAACAUCGGCCAGUACUUUAUCUCACAACCAGACAGGACCACACCCAUACGAACAAGAGUACCCCGUCACGUGACCUUGCAAGGAUUAACAGCUCUUACCAUGCCAACAUCUAAAGUGUUCAAGUACUUUUUUCCUGACGAAUACUCGAUUACAGUAACGUUUAAACCCGUGMAAUACUCAGACAUAUACUUACUGGCGUUAUAUAAUGGAGCUGAUCAACUUCAAUUUGGAAUUCGUUUAAAAUCAGGGUAUUUAACGUUCGAGUUAUCGGACAAUACACCCAACAGGCAUCAAUUGUAUUCCUUGGAUUUUAAUGUUCAAAUAUCGUUAAAUCGUUGGCAYAGUGUAACRUUCAGUCUUCGAGCCAAACAAGUUACCAUGUUCUGGGAUUGUGAGAAAGUUGGGACCGAGUCUCUCUCUGGGAGGUUUUCGUUCGCUCCAGACCCCUCAGGCAGAAUCAGCCUAGGGCAAUCUUUCUUCAGAUAUGAUCAGGGCCAGAAAGACAUAGAAAUAGACGAGCUGUAUUUUGUGCCUGAUGUAAAAGCCGCCAAACAACAGUGUUACACUCCAACAUUUUCUUCAAUGACAAUUCAGCGAAAUGAUAUCAGUGGAAGUGGUUCGAAUCCGGGUGACCGACGAGAGGGUUCUGGUUUAUCGAACUACGUCGACGACAAGGAACAAAUAGAGAUGGAGUGGUCACAAUGGUCACCCUGUUCCACAACAUGCGGUAAAGGAGUUCGUCGACGUGUUAUGUUGUGUGUCAAUCUKGAUGACGGUCCUUUAGACGCCGAGUGUCAGCAAGCUUUACAAACAUCGCAAGAAAAGCAGUGUAAUCUUCGAGAUUGUCCUGGUCGAUGUGCCAGGCCUUGUUUAAACGGUGGAUACUGUAACAGCCGUAGCAGAUGUCAAUGUAAAGCCGGUUACCAUGGAGAUAGCUGUGAGAAAGUGAGUUGUAAGAUACAAUGUCUAAAUGGAGGGAGAUGUAUUGGGCCUAAUACGUGUAAAUGUACGGCAGGAUACUCUGGAAGAAAAUGCGAAAAGCCGAUCUGCACAUCACCAUGUCAAAAUGGAGGGACGUGUGUUCGACCGAAUGUGUGUCRCUGUCCAUCAGGAUAUCAACAACCAACAUGCACAGCUGCUUGUUAUCCUGCCUGUAAAAAUGGAGGACGAUGUGUUGGUCCWAAUACWUGUCUUUGUACUCGAGGGUUUACUGGGAGACACUGCCAAAAAGCGUUUUGUAGUCGACCGUGUUUAAAUGGCGGCAUUUGCUACGCCCCUGACCGUUGUUCAUGUUCUUACGGAUGGUAUGGUUCACGUUGUGAUAAAGCCCGUUGCAUUCGAAGGUGUCAACGAGGAGGAAGUUGUGUGCGGCCUAAUGUCUGCUUGUGCCCGCGAGGAACUUAUGGUUAUUACUGUCAGUAUGGAUACAAGUAUUAGCUUUCAUUAAUACUGCAUGAUAGAACCUGACACAGCACAAAGUGAGAAAAUAUCAAAGUAAGAGCAUAUCCAUGKUGUUCCUCCCGCCAAAGCGAACAAAUCGUCAUCAACAGGACGACACUGAAUCGACAGAACAGAGCAAUAGUGUGCAAUAAUCGAUGUUGAAAAAGAAUAUUUAUAAAUGAUAAAUAUAGUUCAUAAUAAAAUGUAUAAAACUUCAAUAAAGAUAAAUGUAUGA